AUGGAGGAGCCGGAAAAUGAAACCUCCACGGAGGGCCUUUUUUUGGAGGCAAACGUCGAAAUUACAAGUGCAAGUGAAAGUGAGGAUGUUGUUUUAAUGCAAUACGGUGAAGGAUUCGAUGACCCGUUAGAUUUGGAUGUCAGUGCUUCGAAAUAUUCACCACAGUUCUUGGACGAGGAAUAUCUUCAAAAUGAUGAUUCCUGGAGCGCCAAUAGCAGCAAUGAAAGUGUCGGUAUGCAAUCUGCAGGUUCUUCAGCAGGACGAAAGAGAUGUCAAUCCGAGCCUUCCGAUGGAACUGCUGGGUCUCCGACGAAGAAACCCAAUGAGCCAUACAAGUUCCACUUCAAAGCGGCCGUGUUUGAAAAACGUUUCAAGAACCAAAAAUCGCUAGAUCCGUGUGGGUCGCUAUCGGUAGGAGGCAACAGUGUUGAAAAUGUUGUAAAACAAGUCUGGGAUUUUUGCUCCAAGUUCAUCCACCGAGCAGCCAUAUUCAACGACUCAAUUCACGAAACUCUGGAUGACUCGGAAAAUCGAGGCCCGGCUGCAAUAGUAUCAUGGAAUGAAGAAGCUCCGUGUUUCGAGAACCGUGACAACUUUAUUGUAUUCCAGGACAAGUCCAGUAAACGCAACUAUCUUCCUACAAAGAUUGACCAAUCGAUGCUGCGAAACUGGGUAUCGAAAGACAUCUCAAUAAUUGUUUACCGAUUUUCCGAUUCUGUGACUAACCUUCGCAGAAUGAAUUUAUUGGAACAACAUUUGCUGCGGCCGUUCGAGAAAGAUAGAGCAGGGGCGGAAUCUCUCGUUUCUGUCAACAAAUUGAAAAAUCAACUCAAGGAAAAUCACGGCAGGUAUUUGAGUGGUGACGAUAUCAAUUGGGGAUGCUGGGCGAGCUGGAUUGCAAGUAAGUCAGCCGAAAAGCGAGAACAGCUGUUGAAGGAAACGCCACCGGAACAUCUCAUCAGUUUGUUUUCAUCAGUACCAGUUCACAGUGACACACUACUCGAGAAAGGUCGUUUGGAUUUACAGGUUGCCAAUACGAUUAACAACGCCUACAGUAGAAUCCUUAAGAACCUCAAAAACGAUUUCGAUAACAUCCAAAAAGCUUCUUCGAUUAUGGGAAAAAGGAUUGCGUUGAUGGAGUCUAAACAAAAGGAGUACGAUGAAAUGUUGCGUGCAAUGAACAGCUCCGUUACUGCAAGGGAAAAUCGUUUCUCAUUAGAAUUGGCUCAAACUGUUGCUGACUGCAUCGAUGUUGAUCACGAAUAAUGCUCAGGUGAUUGUAAUUUC